UGUGUGAAUCAGCAUCUAUGGGCUGGCUUUCAGCUUUCCCAGCAGGACAUGGCCAAUGUCACAUCCAUUGCCUGCUCCUGGCAGCUCCCACAUACCCGGCCACCGCAGCAUCAACGAACUCCAGGUGCUUUCCAGGGAAAGAGGCGAGGCAGGAAUGGCAGCUCUGCCACAGCUCCUCCUGGCCUGGCACCCCAACAUCCCACCGGGCUCUGCUCCAUCGGCCCCGGGGCUGUGGAGCUGGUGGGGCAAGGGUGCCGUCAGGGUUCCAGGGCGCACCUCCCAGGGGGAAGCCACCUGCGCUGGCUCAGCCCAGCCAGGGAGGAGCGCCCAGUCUUGCUGCAGCUCUGCGCUGGGAUAGCGGCAUCCAGCCUCGCCAGCUCCGUGGGAAGAGGCACCAGCCAAGGCAGCCUGGGCAGGGGAUGGCAUUUUGCACGGUGUCACCAGCCACAGGCCCCUGGUUGAGCAGGACGGAAGAGAGCCAGGUAAGCAGCCGGGCAGCCUUGGUCACUGUUGUUCCUCUCCAGCAUUGCUGCUUCAGUCAGCAGCCGAGGCCCAGAGCCAGCGCUGGGGUGGCAGCAAGGGCUGCUCCAGGGAGGGGGCACGCAGGGAAGCCGGGCAAGGGCCACUCCGGAGAGGCGCUGGGGUUGGCUGGGGUGCUUGGCUGUGGCACUGCCUGCUGUAGCACGGCAGACGAGAGAGGCACGCAGUACUGCUGGGACACAUUCCAGCCCCGCUUACUCCUCUGCUCCAGGCUGAAGGCAUGACUGAAAUGGUGAAUGGCUCCCUGACCACCCACGUGCUGAACACGGCCACGGGGCUGCCGGCAGAUGGGGUUGCCAUCCGCUUGGCCCGGCUGCAGGAGCCAGGGCUGCAGUGGACGGAGCUGGAGCAGAGGUGGACAGACAAGGAUGGGCGCUGCCAGCUGCUCCUGGCACCAGGGCAGGCCAAGGCCGGCACCUACAAGCUGCACUUUGAGACGGCGGCGUACUGGCAGGGCCUGGGGCACGUCAGCUUCUACCCCUUCGUGGAGGUACAGAACGUGGGGAGCAGGGGAUGGGGGCCACGGGAUACAGCUGAAGCCACGGGGGGACCAGAGCCAGGGUACGGGAGUCCUACAUGAACUGCAUGCCCCAGCCUCCCUCCUGCAGCACUGCCGGCUCUGCUCCGAGCAUCCCUCGGGGCCUGGCUCAGGCUAGGUGAGCCCCACCAGAGGGGGAUCCCAGCCACUGCCUCCUCACUCUCCCCCAGGUCGUCUUCACCAUCA